GAUGCCCUCAGAUGCCGAUGUCAAGUUGCUACUAAGUUGUUUGCUCAACUCUAAUCAGACUGUAAGUGAGAGAGUAUAACUAGGAACAUCACAUAAAUUAACCCAUUUCCAGGAGAUUGAUUUUGUGUCAGUGGCACGGGAGUCCAGCUAUACGAACCCUAGAUCCGCAUCAAAUCGGCUCGCUGUGUUGAAGAAGAGGCAUAACACUUUUGCUCGUUUGGCUAAGCGUACUCCACCAGGGCCAACAGUAAAACAGCCACCGGUAGCACCCCGCAUACCCCCAACAGCCAGUGUAUUCUCUCCGAGUGGGGAUGUUAGAACCGCCAAAACUGAGUGGCAGGGUGAUCACGUUCCGGCACCUGGACUCGAGGCCGCUUGGCCCGCGGAAUGGGAAUUGAUGGUUAAUCACGGUGACGAUGCCUUCCCUGUCUGGGAGAAUUACAGCUUUCUACUAGACCAACCACCCCUGCCACCCGGUGCCGUCGAACCUGAGAUUAGCGCUUUUCAUCCGUCUUACCCACCUACUGCCUCCGAUUCUUGGCCGUCAUAUCCCGCCUUCCACCCGUACCGCAUACAGGAUGGUUCCGAACUGAACUUUGAGCAAUCGGAAUUGCAGCCACCUGCUCUACCGGCAGAAUGGCGAUCAUGGGAAUGA